UGGUUGUGUAAUUUAAUCAGAUUUUUGUCCGCUAUUAUCAAAUAUAAAUAAACAGUGCAGAUACCUAGUACAUACUAUUAACAUUUGAAAGUCAUCGGAUUUUACUGUUCAUCGAAUAUUAAGUUCAAUUGCGACUGGAAGAAACUUUUCUCGUUACUGUAUUAAUUCAAUUUUUUCUUAAAGAAUACAAAUAAAUAGUUUAUUCAAUAUGAGUUUUUAUUGAACAUAGGAAUAUGUUAUUUUUCUAUGUUGUACUCACGCUUCUUAGCGAAUGGUUGUUUUUACCAGUAGAAACGGAUUGCGGUUGUGACAAACUCAAACGAGAAGAAGAAUAUAAUGAAAAGGGGUACUCCAAACAAGUUUCUUUCUCCGAGCAAUCCAAUGACGGUAUUUUUGGGUUAAUUCAAGAAAUGAGUCUCGUUCGAGGAGGGCUACAUUUUGUAGGAACCAAUGAACCAUUUUUUCAAACCGACCGAGAAGGUCCUGAACGAGAAGUAAACAUCAAAGAUUUUUAUAUAGAUUGGUACGAAGUUUCAAAUAGCAAGUUUAAAGAUUUUGUAGACCAAACAAAUUACGUUACCGAAGCAGAAAAGUUUGGAGAUAGCUUUGUUUUCCAGGAGUUUUUAAGCAAUGCAUCACGAGAUGAGUAUCGAGAUUUUCGUGUAGCUGCUGCUCCUUGGUGGUACAAAUUGAAAGGAGCAAGCUGGCAAUUUCCUGAAGGCGAUACAAAUAAAGGAAUUAAUGAUCGUCUGGAUCACCCAAUCGUUCAUGUUUCUUGGAAUGACGCUGUUGCCUAUUGUGCCUGGAAAGGGAAGCGACUUCCAACGGAAGUUGAAUGGGAGGUAGCAUGCCGUGGAGGAAGGAAACGAAAAUUGUUUCCCUGGGGUGAUAAGCUUCUACCGAAAAAUGAGCAUUACAUGAAUAUCUGGCAAGGAGAUUUUCCUGAGAACAACCUAGCAGAGGAUGGUUUUGUGGGCACUUGUCCCGUUGACAGAUUCCCACAAAAUGCUUUCAAGUUGUAUAAUAUUGUUGGGAAUGUUUGGGAAUGGACGUCAGAUUUAUGGGAUGAACAAGAAAAAUCGGAGCCUCCAAAUCGAGUGAAAAAAGGUGGAUCUUAUUUGUGCCACAAAUCUUAUUGCUACAGAUACAGAUGCGCUGCCCGAUCUCAGAACAGCGAAGACAGUUCCGCAGGCAAUUUGGGAUUCCGCUGUGCCUUAGAUGCAGAUUGAUUCCACAUCGUUGCCGACCCAAGUAAGAAACGCAUUACUGGUGGCAAAAAAAAAGAAUAAAAAAUUGAGUAUUAACGAUCGUAUUGAAAAAAAAAACGUUUUCGCUAACAUGAAAAGAAAAAUUGUUUCUUCAAAAUUGGUGUAUAAAUAUCCUGUUACGGAUAUAUAUUGAAUAUUUCCGAGUAUUCUCCAAGAAGAAACAAAACAGGUUGUCAAAUUUACUAAAAAUUAAUCAAAUAAAUCAGUAUAUUGUGAUAUGAAAUUAUGGUACGGAGAAAAUGAAUUGAUAUAUAAAUAAUGUUCCAGUUUUGAGUAGUGCAUUUUAUGUGUUACUUUACUAUAUCAUUGAUUCAAUCUUUAAAAUCACAGGAGGUGAUAGGGAACUGAAUUAGAAGACAUUUAAAUAUAUGUGUACAGCAAAUAA